CUGGCCUGAAGCCCAUUAGCCAUUGGAGGAAUAGGAAAAAAAAAAAAAAAUCUACUUGGGAAUCCAACUGGCCAAUGGAAAGCGCGGAAGAAACAAGGUGGGCAGGACUGCGUGGUUUCCUUGGAUACCCGGGACGCGACUACUUUGAUAGAGGGUGGAGCUCUGGAGUGAGACCCUGGAGGCCCUAAUCCACGGAGAAAUAUAGGAACUAAAUAAGGAUCAGGACCAAGUUAAGGGAAUUGUGAAAAAUGGAAGACAGUACCACAGACACAGAACCAGAAGAGGAAGAGGAAAAAGAUGAAAAGCAUCAAGAGGACCCCGUUUAUGCCAUAGCACCCACAAUUAACAUCCAAGAUGAACGGUUUGUUGAUUUAUCUACAACUCCAGCUUUCAUUUGUCUGCAUGAGUUACAUGCUAUGGGAAAACUUCCUGGAACCAGAAUGGCAGAGUUAAAAGCGAAGUACACCUUGCUACAUGAUACCGUGAUAAGCACACAGGAGUCAGAGGUCCAGCUGCUCCAGGAUGCCAAACGUUUCACCAAGCAAAUACAACAGCAGCAAUUUCACCUGCAGCAAGCUGAUAAUUUUCCUGAGGCAUUCACCACUGAGGUCUCUAAAAUGAGAGAACAACUUCUCAAGUAUCAAAAUGAAUAUAAUGCAGUGAAGGAAAGAGAGUUCCAUAAUCAGUACAGAUUAAAUAGCUUAACAGAAGAAAAAAACCUCAUAAUAAAGGAAUUUGAGAAGAUACCUAAGCCAGGAGAAAUGGAGAAAAAGAUGAGAAUAUUGAGAGAAAGCACUGAAGAAUUACGUAAGGAAACAAUGCAGAAGAAAUUAGAAAUCAAAAAUUUACGGGAAGAUUUGGCAUCUAAGCAAAAGCAAUUACUGAAGGAGCAGAAGGAACUAGAAGAACUGUUGGAAUAUCAGGUCAACCUAAAGGAUGAAGUGGUCCACCAUCAAGCUGUUCCUGUACAAAUUGGAAAAGAGAUAGAAAAAACAACACGCAAAAAAGUAGAAAUGGAAAAGAAAAAAAUUGUCUUAGAAUAUGAACUUGAAGAGCUAAAUGACUUCCUAAAGAAAGUUGAAACCAAAAUUAAAACCAUAAUGGAAGAGAAGGAGGAUGUAAUAAAGGAAGUUGAAGGCAAACGAGCCUUACUUGAAAUAAAAGAACGAGAAUAUAACCAAUUGGUCAAGCUGUUGGAAUUGACCAGAGAGAAUGAAGCAACUUCACUGACUGAAAGAGGAAUCUUGGAUCUCAAUUUACGAAACUGUCUCAUUGACAAGCAGAACUACCAUGAUGAACUUUCUCGUAAGCAAAGAGAAAAAGAACGAGAUUUUCGAAAUUUAAGAAAGAUGGAGCUACUCUUGAAAGUGUCCUGCGAUGCACUCACUCAAACUCAAGCGCUACAUCAAAGGCUUCUAUUAGAGAUGGAAGCUAUCCCUAAAGAUGAUUCUACAUUAUCUGAGAGAAGGAGAGAACUCCACAAGGAAGUUGAAGUGGCUAAGAGGAAUUUGGCUCAACAGAAAAUCCUAUCAGAAGCUGAGUCCAAGUUAGUGGAACAGCAACUUGCAGAAGAAAACAAGCUUUUAAAGGAGCAGGAAAACAUGCGAGAACUUGCCUUCAACCUUGUCCGUAUGACUCAAAUCAAAAUUGAUGAGAAGGAGCAAAAAUCCAAGGAUUUCCUGAAAGCUCAGCAAAAAUAUAGCAAUAUUGUUAAGGAGAUCAAAGCAAAGGAUCUUGAAAUCAGGAUACACAAGAAGAAAAAACGUGAAAUUCAUCGGAGACUCAGAGAGUUUGCUAAACUGUAUGACACUGUUAGAAAUGAGAGAAACAAAUUUGUUAACUUACUUCACAAAGCUCACCAGAAAGUAAAUGAAAUAAAAGAAAGGCAUAAAAUGUCAUUAAAUGAACUGGAAAUUUUAAGAAAUAGUGCAGUUACUCAAGAAAGAAAGUUACAAAAUUCCAUGCUGAAACUUGCCAACAAUGUUACCAUCAGAGAAAGCAUGCAAAAUGACGUGUGCAAAAUCGUAGCAAAACUUCAGGCAAUGAAGGAGAAGAAGGAAGUCCAGUUAAAUAACAUCGACAGACUUGCCAACAUGAUCACAGUGAUUGAAGAGGAGAUGGUGCAACUUCGCAAGAGAUACGAAAAAGCCGUUCAGCAUCGAAAUGAAAGUGGCGUUCAGCUGAUAGAGCGGGAAGAGGAAGUGUGCAUCUUCUAUGAAAAGAUAAAUAUCCAAGAAAAGAUGAAGCUAAAUGGAGAAAUUGAAAUACAUGUCCUGGAAGAAAAGAUCCGAUUCCUGAAACUGAAGAUUGCCGAGAAGCAAAGACAGAUUCAUGUGACCCAGAAAUUACUGCCAACCAAGAAGGCCCUGGAUGCUGACUUAGCAGUGCUCCAGAUUCAGUUUUCACAGUGCACAGACAGAAUAAGAGACCUGGAGAAACAGCUUAUAAAUCCUGAGGGUGAGAACAGAACCCGCUUCAUUCCAGGGAAAGAUAUGACCCAAGAAGAAAUGAUCAAAAAAUUAGAUUCGCUGGAACUACAGCUGGCCAAGAAGGAGGAGAAGUUACUGGAGAAGGACUUCAUCUAUGAACAGGUCUCCCGGCUCACAGACAGACUCUGCAGCAAAACUCAGGCCUGCAAACAGGACACUCUGCUCUUAGCCAAGAAGAUGAACGGCUACCGGAAAAAGAUCAAAGAUGCCACGGAAAAAAUGAUGGCUCUUGUUGCUGAGCUUUCCAUGAAACAGGCUCUGGCCAUUGAACUCCAAAAGGAAGUCAUGGAUAAAGAAGAUUUCAUCUUCUCCUGCAAUUCCAGGAUAGAAAAGGGUCUGCCACUCAAUAAAGACAUUGAAAGAGAAUGGCUGAAGGUACUUCGAGAUGAAGAAAUGUAUGCUUUGGCCAUCGCUGAAAAAUCUCAGGAGUUCUUGGCGGCAGAUAUUCGCCAGCUACCCAACGGUGUUUACACAACUGCAGAGCCACGUCCAAAUGCCUAUAUCCCAGAGGCAGAGGCCGCUCUUCCCUUGCCAAAACCAUAUGGCGCUUUGGCUCCUUUUAAGCCCAGUGAACCUGGGGCCAAUAUGAGGCACAUAAGAAAACCUGUUAUAAAGCCAAUUGAAAUCUGAGUAUGUGAACCAAUCCAGGCUUCUCAACGAGAGACACUUCAAUCAGGUUUCCUCAUAUCCACAGCUGGAAAAUAUCAGCAUAAGAGUUCUAACAUACAAAUUAUUGCAAAAUAUUGCAAUUGACCACCAGUGGAGAACAACAUGGCUUCCUUUUACACUCAUCAACUACUAUAUUUUACAUGAUGUUAAGUAGGACACAGAAUUGUCCUACAGUUAUGGCAAGGCAUAUAUCUGUAGUGUUUUUUUUUUUUCUUUUUCACUCUAUAUAUUGACUAUAUUGACUACCUUUCAGAAAUGUAUAGUCCAGGGGCUAUAAAAAUGCAAGAAAAAUAAAUCAAAUUUCAGUGACAUACAGAAAUUGGCAGAGUGGUCUCUGUUUAUUAAAGAAGAAGAAAAUGGGGUGCCAGCGUGGCUCAGUAGGUUAAGCAUCUGACUUUCGGUUCAAGUCAUGAUCUUGCAGUUCAUGGGUUCGAGCCCCGUGUUGGCUCUGUGCUGAUAGCUCAGAGCCUGGAGCCUGCUUCAGAUUCUGUGACUCCCUUGCUCUCUACCCCUCCCCUACAUGUACUCUGUCUCUGUCUCUCUCUCUCAAAAACAGACAUUUAAAAAAAUUUAAAGAAGAAAAAACACAAAUACUAUUGAAUAUAUUCACUUGAAAGGGAAAGACAGAAUGAUUGUUUAAAAAGGAAAACAUCCCAAGUAACACAGGGGUAUAAUUCACUUUGUUAAAUAGUUGUAUUUGAAAUUAUUGUUGGUAAAUGUAAAUCAAAUAAAAAGCAGUAAGGAGGCUUGUCCUUUUUAAAGUAUAUUAUGGUAAUUCU